AUGCUUACAUGUCUUUUAUACGCUGCCUGGUGGCGUGGAUCUGUUAAUAUCAUUUUGUUCAUAUCUAUCUAUCUAUCUAUCUAUCUAUCUAUCUAUCUAUCUAUCUAUCCCCCAUUCUCUUCAUAUCUAUCUGUCUAUUUCUCAGUCUGUUCAUAUCUAUCUAUCUAUCUAUCUAUCUAUCUAUCUAUCUAUCUAUUUAUCCCAUUCUGUUCAUAUUUAUCUAUCUAUUUAUCUAUCUAUCUAUUGAUAGAUCUAUCUAAUUCUGUCUAUAUCUAUGUAGCUAUUUAUCCCAUUCUGUUCAUAUCUACCUAUCUACCUAUUUAUUCUGUUCAUAUCUAUCUAUCUAUCUAUUUAUCCCAUUCUGUUCAUAUCUAUCUAUCUAUCUAUCUAUCUAUCUAUUUAUCCCAUUCUGUUCAUAUCUAUCUAUCUAUCUAUUUAUCCCAUUCUGUUCAUAUCUAUCUAUCUAUCUAUUUAUCCCAUUCUGUUCAUAUCUAUCUAUCUGUCCCAUUCUGUUCAUAUCUAUCUAUCUAUCUAUCUAUCUACCUAUCUAUCUAUCUAUCUAUCUAUCUAUCCCAUUCUGUUCAUAUCUACCUAUCUAUCUACCUAUUUAUUUAUCCUAUUCUGUUCAUAUCUAUCUAUCUAUCUAUUUAUCCCAUUCUGUUCAUAUCUAUCUAUCUGUCUAUCUAUUUCAUCUAUCUAUCACAGUCCAUCUAUCUAUCUAUCUAUCUAUCUAUGUCUAAUAAAAUCUAUCUAUGUCUAUUAAAAUCUAUCUAUCUAUCUAUCUAUCCCAAUCUCUUCAUAUCUAUCUAUCUAUCUAUCUAUUUAUCUAUCCCAAUCUCUUCAUAUCUAUCUAUCUCUCCUUUCUAUCUACCAAACAAUUUUAGCCUGAGAGCUUCUUUGGCACCUCCUCAUAUCUAUCUAUCUAUCUAUCUAUCUACCAAUAUAUAUAUCUAA